GCGGCUAAAAAUUAGUUGCCCGAAUCCAUUUUUGUGGCUAAUACGUAAGGACGCGAGUGUCAGGAGAGAAGUGGCCAUACAGUGAUCAUGAAAUCGACGGCAGCAGGAGUAGCCCUUCUACUUCUAGUGCUAAAUACAAAUUCCAUAAGUGAAGCCUAUGUCCACAACUGGCAUUCGGGACCCAUCAAUUGCCACGAAUGUUCCGGCCUCGAGGAGUGCUCUGCAGGAUCGGGGGCGUUGCGAAAGUGCCUGGAGAACGAUGCCCAAAGUUGUGUUGCCAUCUUCAACAGCGACGGGGCUGUCAUUCAACGCGGCUGCAGUGACUCUCUGGAAGAGGUCUGCUCGUCUAGCGGGGAGGACUGCUACCAGUGCCGAUCCCAUGGCUGUAACUCGCUGAAGAACAACGAGGAGAUGCUGGAUUGCGUGUUCUGCGAUGCCCAGAGCGAUGACAACUGCGUUUUCGACAUUGAACUGGUCACCGAGAGGCGAAAGUGCCACCAGCAGUGCAUCACUGCUCUGUAUUCCACGAACAGCGAGGCGGGAGCUCCUUUGGAGUUGGCCAGAACUUGUCUGGACGACCUGGACUACGACGACAGGGAAGCCUGCUCCAAAAAUGAACUGGAGAACUGUGUCGCCUGCAACACAGGUAAUUGUAAUAAUGUAGAGCUGGGUGUCCGAGGUAGUUGCAACUUCUGCCAAGGCGACUGCAGCAACCCCCAGCCAAAAACAUGCCGAGCUGUUCCGUCCGGAGACAAGGAAGAGCAGUGCUUCAUCGAGUUGGAUGAAUCAGGAGCCAUCUACGAGAUGGGAUGUGUUUCUCAGUACAAUGUCAGCGAUGUUACACUGCUCGAAACCAGCAAGCAGUUGUGGUAUUGCACUGGCGCUAAUUGUAACACGGAAUCUGCUCUGCCGAAGCCCCAAACCUGCAAGCUCUGCAGCUCCCGCACUGAUGACGACUGCGCCGUGGAUCCCCAAGAGGUGCUCACGCAGACCACAUGCGAGAGCCUGGUGAACACGGACUGCUACUCCAGAAUCCUGGAGGAUGGCCACACGGAACGAGGAUGUCUGACCAGUUUGGAGGGCGAGGACUAUCUGGACUGCUUGAAGGAGGGCAACACCACCAAGUGUCUGAAGUGUUCCGGUGAGAGCUGCAACAGUGAGCUCCAACCCAGCGCACGAUUGAGCUGCCAGAUCUGCGAUUCCAGUCUGGAUGGAAAUUGCGAAGCCUCUCCCUCAUCUGCCGCCCUCUGCCUGCUCCACACAGGAGAUCAGCAGUGCAUAACUACCAUAGAUUUGGACGGCAACACACAGCGCGGAUGCAGUGCCUCCCUGCAGUGUGACUCCAGCAAUCCCCGGAAGUGCCAGACCUGCUCGGGCACCGACUGCAACACGGCGAAUCUCAAGAGGGUGGAGGACGGCCAGCCGGGCUUGUGGGGCCAGGAGUUGCCCUUGAGCUGCCGAAGCUGCAGUGAUGCUGCCUCUUGUGCCGCCAGUGAAGUCGCAUCCGAAACCUGCGCCAGUGAGGCGGACUACUGUGUAACGGUGUUCAAUGCCGAAGGCGCUGUGGCUACCAAGGGAUGCAGCCAGGCCGUGGAAGCCACCUGGAGCACCUACUGCGAUGCCAAUGGAGCCAACUGCCACAACUGCAACUCUAAUGGCUGCAACAACGCCAGCUCCUUGAACGACUACAACGAGUGCAUCUACUGCGACUACGAAAACGAGGACUGUGCCCGGAAUCCAGAAAAUGUCAAGUCCCGACGACUCUGCAAUGGCCAGUGCAUGAGCGCUUUGCGGAGGAGAAGUGACGAUUCCAUCACCUACGACACCGUUCGCGGAUGUCUGGACGACAAGGACGAGGCGGAUCAGGUCACUUGCAGCUCUGGCGCGGAUGAGCAAUGCAGCGCCUGUUCUGGCCCAUCCUGCAAUGUGGACAUAAUCGCUGAAACUCCCAUUACCUGCUGGAGGUGCUCUGGGGAGAAUUGUGACGAUCCGAAGGCGGAGGAGUGCGGCGUGUACAGUCCCGCCGAUCAAUGUUACAUAGAGUUUAAUCCGACCAACGGAGACAUUAGUAACAUGGGAUGCCGGUCUGACUUAGAGGAAGAGUACGUGGACGACUACUUCCACUAUCUGCUGUUCUGCAACGACAGCAGGUGCAACUACUUCGACAUCAUCCCAACGCCCACACAGUGUAUUGCCUGUGAUUCUUCCGAGGAUCCAAAUUGCGCAACGGAUCCCACCAAGAUUAGCUUGACUGGAAACUGCGGCAUUAAGCCCUACACCAGUUGCAUGAUGCGUGUGAUAAGUGGAGGCAUUACUCAGCGCGGUUGUGUGAGCAGCCUGGAGCGCGAGAACCUGGAGAACUGCCUGGCUGGAAAUGGAAACUGUCAGACCUGCGAGGAAGACCGCUGCAACGUGGAGAUCUAUCCGGCGGAUCGUCGCCGGUGCCACCGCUGCAACUCCAUCACCGAUCCCACCUGCUCCUCCUCUCCCGAUGCGGCUGAGGUAUGUGCCGUCUACGUGGAGGGCGAGGGAUGCAGCGCCAAGCUGGUCGAUGGGGAGACCUACCGUGGCUGCCAUCGGGACUUCACCUGUGAUGCCUCCGACAGCCAGCACUGUCGCGUCUGCUCUGGCAAGGACAACUGCAAUGUGGCCGAUCUAAAGAGCUCCUUCAUCGGCUAUCCUGGCAAGUGGUCCACCCCGCCGGUCAAUUGCUACUCCUGCAACGGAACGGAGUGCACAAGCACAAGUUCUGGCAUUCUGCGCAAGUGCACCGGGAAUGAUGAGCAGAACUGUGCCACCGUUUUCGAUGAGUCCGGCGCAGUCAUCCAUCGUGGAUGCUCCGACACCCUGUACGGGGAUGCAGAUCUGCUGCAGUACUGCGAUGAAAACUCCGGCAACUGCAAAUUCUGUCAGUCUACGGGCUGCAACAACGCCCAGUCCCUAGACUCAUAUGUGGACUGCCUGUUCUGCGAUGGAAGCGACGAGGCCGAGUGCGUGCGCAGUGUGGGAGAUGUCACCGGCAGCCGGUCCUGCCAGGGCAGCUGCUUCACUGGCCUGUACCCUCGCAACCGUUCCGCAGACAAUCCUAUCCUUGACCUGGCUCGUGGCUGCUUGGACGAUCUGGAGUACGACGAUAGAGAGAAGUGUGCGGCGGGACAACUGGUCGGAAACUGUACAGCUUGCUCAGGGGCCAACUGCAAUACGGCAGAUGUGCCGGAGGAUCGUCUUAGCUGCAACUUCUGCCAGGACGCGGCAUGCGAAACCACAAUUAGCCAACUCUGUUUGGGUCACCGCGACGAAGAUCAGUGCUACAUCCACGUGGGUGACUUGAGCAUCCAGGCCAUGGGUUGUGCUACCGACCAGUCGGACAGUUUUCUGUUGACCAACCGACGGGAUCUGUAUCUCUGCUCAGGAGACAAUUGCAACACCAAAGAUAAGCUGUCCCUAAUCGGUGUUGCCUGCAAUAUCUGCAACUCCACCUACGACGAUAACUGUGUUGCUGGUGUAGGUGUGACAAGUGCAGUGUGCCAGCACUACAUAUAUCCGGACUGCUACAGUUACAUCGACGAUGAUGGCGUCUUGAACCGUGGCUGCCUCAUGGACACGGACGACGACGUCUUCGACGAGUGCUCCAGCUCCGACAGCUCCAAGUGCACUGUGUGCAGCCAGAACGCCUGCAACAACCAGGUGUACCCUGCCGACUGGUUGACUUGCCUUCGUUGCGACUCCAACUCCGAUGAGAACUGUGCCCUGGACCCAUCAAGCUACUCCAGCUACUGCCGCACCUACUCGGCCAACGAAACCUGUGUCACCUCCUUGUCCAAGGGCCGCACACUUCGUGGUUGCCAGUCGGAGCUCAACUGCGAUCCCAGUGAGACUGGCAGCUGCAGGAUUUGCUCGGGAGCUGACUGUAACACGGUGGACCUGCAGUCUUCCUAUGUCGGUGAGCCCGGAAAGUGGCAGGACCUGCCACUGAGCUGCCACGUGUGCACGGAUGUGGCUAGUUGUGCUUCGGUUUCCGACAGCGAGGCUACCAAAUGCGAGGGCAACAACAAGCAGACCUGCUCUACUGUUUUCAAUGCGGACGGUCAAGUGGUGUCUCGUGGAUGCAGUGACUCCGUGCUGGCAACCCACGCCGACUACUGCGAUCUGAACAAGGAAAGCUGCCUGCAGUGCAAGUCGGAUGCCUGCAACAGGGCCCUAAGCCUGCAGGACUAUGUGGACUGCUACUUCUGCGACGGUGAAGAGGAUGGCAACUGCGCCUGGGCGACGCCAUCCAGCACCAGGCAAUGUCUGGAGCAGUGCAUGACUGGCUUGUACCCACGUAGCUCCUCCUGGGACUCCUCCCUUCUGCCCACCCGCGGCUGCUUGGACGAUCUCAACGAGGCUGAGCGCAAUUCCUGCGCGGCUGGAACCCACGCCAACUGCACGGCCUGCACCGGCUCCCUCUGCAACACAAACGAUGUCAUCGAGAAUCCCCAGGAAUGUUACUACUGCACAGACUCUUUCUGCGAGACCCCGGCUUCAGCUAAGUGCCAUUCCUACAGGGAGAACGACCAGUGCUACCUGGCCUACGACGAAAACGGAGUGGUGGCCAUGGGCUGUGCCAGUGACAUGGAAACGGAUGUGAUCAAGGAGCUGGUGGCCAGGCAGCGACUGCUUCUCUGCUCGGGUCAAAACUGCAAUACUCAGAACAUCACACCGGUUCCCAACACAUGCCUGCAGUGUGACUCCCAGACGGAAUCUCGUUGCGCCACUAAUCCCAACCAGCUGCUGACCACUGGCGUCUGCUCCAGCCUGCCCUACACACAGUGCGUGACCCAUAUCGACAGCCAGGGCCACACCAUUAGAGGGUGCUUGUCUACCCUGGAGAGCGACGAGUUCUACGAGUGCCUGACUGGCGAAGGAGAAACCUGCUCAAGCUGCACUGGAGAGCGCUGUAACGGACUCACGGUGUUCCCAGUGGACCGCAGAAAGUGCUACCAAUGCGACUCCUCCAGCGAUCCCAAUUGUGCCUCUUCCCCCGGCAGCAGUCUCAGCAGCACUGUGUGUCCCAUCUAUUCCAAGGACGAGUCCUGUGUAACCACUUUGGUCGACGGUGUAACUCAUCGAGGCUGCAACUCCACCCUGAGCUGCUCCGAUCCCUCGGAUCCACGCACCUGUCGCAUCUGCAGUGCCUUGGAUGGCUGCAACACCGUCAACCUAGAGAGGGUCUCCCAAGACGGAUACCCGGGCACCUGGCAAGAAGUUCCAAUUAGUUGUCUGGCUUGCUCGAGUGCCACCGAGUGCGCCUCCGGCGGAGGAUCCCUCACCGAGUGUACCGGCUACGAUAACUGUGUUACCGUCUUCGACGACACCGGAGUCGUCAGCCAAAGGGGCUGCUCUGAGCCGGUGUUCGAGAGCUCCACCUACUGCGAAGAGAAUCCCGACUCUUGCCCCCGUUGCAACUCCAACGGCUGCAACACGGCUGACUCCCUGGACUCCUAUGUGGAGUGCUUGGUGUGCGACUCCAGCGAGGACGCAAACUGCGUGACCGACCCCUCGAAGAUCACGAAGACUCGCCAGUGCCAGGAUCGGUGCGUCUCCGCUUUCUUGCCUCUGUUUGGAGAGACCGAGGACCCCAGCUAUGCUCUGAUCCGUAACUGCUACGACGACUUGGAAAAGGAAGACCGUGACUCGUGCAUGGCGGGCGGAAAGAAAUUCUGCACCAUCUGCGAGGGAGCCAAGUGCAACGAUGACGACCUGGUGGCCAGUCGGCAAAGCUGCUACGUCUGCGAGGGCGAUGGCUGCCAGAAAGCAGAGGCGAGCAGCUGCCCCAACUACAGGGAGAACGACGAGUGCUUCAUCCAGUUUGACGAGGAGCAAUCAGUGUCUUCCCUGGACUGUCUGAGUUCCGUAAGCCAUGAGGACAUCCUCCACCUGAAGCGCUCCAAGAGACUGCUGACCUGCAGCGGUGCGAACUGCAACACCAUCGAGUCCGUGCCAGAGUCCCAGUCCUGCACAUUGUGCAGCUCUCGCACAGACGCCUCUUGCGCCAUUAACCCAUCGAGCGUUGGCAGCUCCACGACUUGUGUCCUGGAAGGAUUCCCAGAGUGCUAUUCCCGCGUGCUCAGCGAUGGCAGCACCGAACGUGGUUGCCUCUCUAGCCUGGAGGACGACGAGUUUGUGUCCUGCUACAACGGCACCUCUGCCACGUGCAGCUCUUGCCAGGGAAGCACCUGCAACCAGGGAGUGUACCCCCAAAACCGUCGGUCCUGCCACGUCUGCAACUCGGACACGGAUGCCAACUGCGAGUCGAGUCCGAACAGCCUCACGGUGUGCUACCUCUACGAAGAGGACGACCAGUGUGUUACAAACUUCCGGAACGGCGUCACCUACCGAGGCUGCACCUCCUCGCUGAGCUGCGAGGCGGACAGCAAGACCUGUGUGAAGUGCGAGGGCGACGGUUGCAACCAAAUAGACCUUGCGGCGAAGGCCGACGACAACUGGGGCAAGUGGCAGGAUCUCCCACUUACAUGCUACACCUGCUCGGGCGCAGACUGCCAGGAGGAGGAGAUUCCCUCCGCCAAGUGCACAAACAACAAUGAGCAGGACUGCUUGACGGUGUUCGGCGAAGACGGCACUGUGACCAGACGUGGUUGCCAGGAGGAUCUGGAGGCGGAAUCAAGCAUUGCCACCUAUUGUGGCUCCAACGCCGGCAGCUGUCCCUCUUGCAAGUCGAACCUCUGCAACAACGCCACCGUCCUGAGCCAGUACACCACCUGCAUCUACUGCGACUCCUACAAGGAUUCAUCUUGUCUGUGGGAGCCUUCAAGUGGCAGUCACAGGACACGAUUGUGCCAAGGACAAUGUAUGACAGCUCUGUAUGGCAGUGCCGACUCCGGGCUCGAUCUCAUUCGCACCUGUUUAGACGACAAGGAGGCAGCUGACCAACUGACCUGCGCUAAUGGCAGUGACUCGGGCUGCUCCGCCUGCUCCGGUGACUCCUGCAACGUCCAGACCCUGCCGGAGGACCGUCUCAGCUGUUACAUCUGCGAGGGCGACGACUGCGAGGAUCCCCAGACCAAGCCGUGUGCGGUGUACAAGUCCGACGAUAGCUGUUUCCUGUGGGUCGACGAGGACAACAACCUGAAGCAGCUCGACUGCCUUAGCUCGUUCCGCAGCCAGGAUCUGGAAAGCAUCCUCAAGACGAAGCGCAUUGCCGUGUGCGAGGGACCAAACUGCAACGUGCCCCAGCUACAGCCUCCUGUGCGUUGCGCCGUGUGCGAUUCUCGAGAGGAUCCCACUUGCGCCACCGAUGCCACUGCCGUGGGCACCUUCAACACCUGCAGUCAGAUGCCACAUACGGGCUGUGUCACUAGAUUGGAAAGCGACGGAGCCACCACUCGAGGCUGUUUGUAUGACCUUGGUCAGUCAGAGUUUGCUGCCUGCCUGCUUGGAACUGAUGCCAACUGCUCCGUGUGCUCCACCGAUGGCUGCAACCGCGAGCUUUUCCCGGCUGAUCGCCAAGUGUGCUACACUUGCACCUCCGACGACGAUCGCGACUGUGAGUCGAAUCCGUCAUACACCCUGGCCUGUCCCUGGGUCAGCGAAUCUGAGACCUGCAAGACCCAACUGUCCGGCAACGUGACCACAAGAGGCUGCAGCAGUAGCCUGGAGUGCGACCCCAGCGACUACCGCAACUGCCGCAGCUGCUCUGCCAGCGAAUGCAAUGCCAUCGACCUGGUCAACCGGGUGGACGAUGGGCAACAUGGGCUGUUCCAGGAGCUGCCCCUGAAGUGUCACGCCUGCUCGGGUGAGCACUGCCUCAGUUCAUUGGGUCCGGCCCUGGAGUGUACCCGGAAUCUGGAGCAAGAUUGUAAGACUGUCUUCGAGGCCGACGGUGUGACAGUUCGCCGCCGAGGAUGCUCCGACGAUGUGGACGACUACGAGGAUCGAUACUGCAAGGAGAACCCUUCGCUGUGCUUUAUUUGCAAGUCGAAUCAAUGUAACGAUGCCUGGAGCACGGAGGAGUAUGUCAGCUGCACCUUCUGUAACUCGGCCAACAACGAAACGUGCAUCACCAAUCCUAGGGACUCCAGCCUAGCCCAAAGGCAGUGCAAGGGUCAGUGCUUGGUGUCCCUCAGUGGGCAGGCCCUCGUCAGAAGCUGCUUGGACGACAAGGAACUAUACGAUCGCGGAGAUUGCAGCACAGACGAGAGUGGCAAUAACUGCGCCUCCUGCUCCGAAGGCGACUGCAACACCUUCGCCUAUCCUGCCGACCGGUUGAGCUGCCACUCCUGCGCAGAUGCGUCCUGCCAAAGCAGCGUUUCCCAAAGCUGCUUGGCCUACGUGCAGGAUGACUACUGCUUUGCCAAAUAUGGAACCAAUGGAGGUGUGGAGCUCAUGGGCUGCGCUAGCAGUCAGAACUCCUCCGACCUCAGCCAGUGGCAGGAGGAGAACCGUCUGUACACCUGCCAGGGCAACGAGUGCAACGACUACGGCAGACUGCCCAGCGAAGGCGAGUGCUUAUCCUGUGACUCGAGCAAGACCUUGCAGUGCGCCCAGGACCCGACGAACUCGGUCAUUUCCACCAUCAGCUGCCAUGCGCCCAACUCCGACUGCAUCAUUCGCCUGGAGGGCGGACACACCAUCCGUGGCUGCAAGAGUGCUCUGUCCGUCACCGAUUCCAAUGCCUGUGUGGCCAAUGGCACCUGCUCCGCUUGCUCCGGGGCCAAGUGCAAUGUGGACAUCUUCCCCAGCGACCGCAGACGCUGCCACAUCUGCAACUCCAGCGCGGACAGUGACUGCAGCAAGAAUCCCAACCACCUGGCCGUGUGCCCCAUCUAUGCCGCCAACGACGGCUGUGUGACCACCUUCAACAACGGACUCCUGCGGCGAGGAUGUGCCAGCGAGCUGGAGUGCGAGAUCGACAACGAGGACCACUGCAACAAGUGCACCACGGACGGAUGCAACACGGUGGAACUCACGGGUUCGGCGGCUGGACUCUCUGGCAUUGGUUUGGGACUCACCAUCCUCCUGGCCUGGUCCAUCAGCUCCUUCCAGCGGCUGUAGGGUAUCCACUAGUUAAGUAGAUUUAUAUAGAGUACGAUUAUGUAAUUAGAUUGCUGUGCUAGUGCCAGAGGGUCAAUAUUUUGAGACUCUUCGCACGUUCCACCAACGAUUUGUAAAUAAAUUAAACAAUUUCGAACAAUUUA